UAUGGCGUCAAAUGAUGGGGAGAUUGACGCUGAGCAAGCACUACAAGAACUUUUAGAAAAAAAUGCCGAAUCUAUCGAAACAAUGACAUUACGGAUAGUAUUUUGCAAUCCAAUCGGAGGUGACCCAUUCUCUGCAGCUGUCGUAACAACCCAAGAAAAUCUGAGCGCAUUAUACAAUUAUCCGAGUCAGCGAACUAAUCUAUUUAAGUUCAAGCAUGUUUGGGAUGUCGAGAAACUACAUAAACUUAUAAACACGAAGAGAAGACAGGAUAGUGACCAAGAUAAUUGCCCCAAAAGGAUAAAACUUGAACAUGAGUGCGAAGCUGCAGCAUUCAGAUUAUUGGAGGCGUAUCUGAAAGAUUUUGCCUAUCACCAUAAAUGUCUUGAGAAGGUGCUAUUCGGCAGCAAUGAUGUCAUGGAAUCAUCUGCCAGUGCCACUAUGGUUUUAAACACACAUCUGUUUGGACCACUCAGCGACGGAAACUGCAUUGUAGAUAACCACAUGUCGAGACAAGAACACUGUACUUGUAGCUGUGGAUGUGGGAAAGAGAUAAAAAGUGGAAAUACAGGAAUUGGAGUGUCUUCUACUUGGCAUGGCUUUGUAGAUAUGAUUGUGAAAGAACAUCUCCCUGUGACUAUUUCGGAUAUGGAGGAGCCCAGCAUGGAUGAAGAUACAACAGAGGAACAGGAUGAGGGGCAAGAAGAAAUGGAGAAAGACACUAAUACAUUUUGUGUGCAUGAUAAACAAAAAUCUGUUACCAGUCGGCUGAUUGCUGAAACCAUUACAAAUGCCUUUGCACAGGUUAAUACAAAUGAUAGCCUUGCCGGUCUGCCAAUACCAACCUUUGGUUGUGCCCCUCGUCAAAUUUCUGUGUACUUAUACGACUGUAAAAACGAUGUUCUUUUAAAAAAGACUCUACCUUUACAUCUCUUCAAAAGAAAGGAUAGUGCCUCUGCUGUGGUCAUGCUAUGGCUGUACAUGAAUUUCCAAUUGUUUAUGAAAAGAGAUGUUACUGACAUCGAGGCACACUCUGAUCUCUCUGAUUUUCAGGCUCAAUUUUGUUCGUCUGAUGCGAACAUACAGGAAAUCUAUGCAAAAGUGAAAUCUGGGUUUACAGGGUGCGCACAUCCUGAUCAGCCAUCACUGACUAGUGUAGUGAGAACAGACGAAGCGUUCGUAGUGUAAGUUUGGAGAACUGAUAUGUCGACUUAGAAAAACACAAAUAUUGUCUGGAAUAUUUAGAGGUUAUCAGAUGCCCCUCUCCAUAUCCUACUCGGUAUUAGCCUGAACACUCCCAUAUCAGCCUGAGUGGCCGCAGGUUUGAGGGCUGCUAUUGGUCAAGGGCUGAUGAGGAGCAGGAUAUAAAGAUAUGGUCAUACAGUAACCUUUUAAUCAUAUAUUGCUCUGUAACAUCAACAGUUUUGCAAUAACACAUAAAACUCACAGGAAACUUAUACUUCAUGUGCUUAAUACUUAAUCUCAUUCUACCUUAAAUAAAACACACUGGACAAAAUAGCAAAUACAUAUGUAUAAACAGUGUGUACUCUACCAGUUUGAGGUGUGAUUUUUCUGAAAAAGUGUUCAACCAGAAGUUCAAUUGAUUUGGCAAUGCCAAGUGGAUAUAGCGCAUGCUAGGCAGAUUUGGUGCAUACUGGGAAGAUAUGGGAUGAUCCAGGAUAUGGCCUGUGCAUAGCUAACAAUAUCACACAUGCAAAAACUACAUGGAUCACUCUGGCAUUAGAACAUGUGUAUGAUUAACUGUAUUAUUCUCUUAACUUUACACUCAGUUUUAUACAAUGUUCAGUUGUCAGCCAUACUUUACCUCAGUUGUCUUCAGUGUUCAGUUGUCAGCAAUAUUUUAUUCUCCAUUUCUUGUACUUAACCCUCAGUUGUCUUCAAUAUGAAGCUAUCAGUGAUAUGUAUAUCUUUAUACUUGACCUUCAGUUGUCUUCAGUGUUAAUUUGUCAGCGAUUUUUGUAUUCUCCAUUUCUUGUACUUGACCCUCACUUGCCUUCAAUAUUAAGCUAUCAGUGAUAUUUAUAUAUUUAUACUUGACCUUCAGUUGUCUUCAAUAUUCCCUUGUUGGCAAUACUUUAUUCUCCAUACUUUCUGGAACAGUUGUCUUCAAUAUUCCCUUGCGGCAAUACGUUAUUCUCCAUAAUUUCGUGAACAGUUGUCUUCCAUAUUCCCUUGUUGGCAAUACUUUAUUCUCCAUUCUUUCUGGAUCAGUUGUCUUCAAUAUUCCCUUGUCGGCAAUACUUUAUUCUCCAUUCCUUACACUGUGUUGUCUCCAAUGUUAAGCUGUCUUCAAUAUUCCCUUGUUGGCAAUACUUUAUUCUCCAUACUUUCUGGAACAGUUGUCUUCAAUAUUCCCUUGCGGCAAUACGUUAUUCUCCAUAAUUUCGUGAACAGUUGUCUUCCAUAUUCCCUUGUUGGCAACACUUUAUUCCCCAUACUUUCUGGAUCAGUUGUCUUCAAUAUUCCCUUGUCGGCAAUACGUUAUUCACCAUACUUUCUGGAACAGUUGUCUUCAGUAUUCCCUUGUUGGCAAUACUUUAUUCUCCAUACUUUCUGGAACAGUUGUUUUCAAUAAUCCCUUGUCGGCAAUACGUUAUUCUCCAUACUUUCUGGAACAGUUGUCUUCAAUAUUCCCUUGUCGGCAAUACGUUAUUCCCCAUACUUUCUGGAACAGUUGUCUUCAAUAUUCCCUUGUUGGCAAUACUUUAUUCUCCAUACUUUCUGGAACAGUUGUCUUCAAUAUUUCCUUGUCGGCAAUACGUUAUUCUCCAUACUUUCGUGAACAGUUGUCUUCCAUAUUCCCUUGUUGGCAAUACUUUAUUCUCCAUCCUUUCUGGAACAGUUGUCUUCAAUAUUUCCUUGUCGGCAAUACGUUAUUCUCCAUACUUUCUGGAACAGUUGUCUUCAAUAUUCCCUUGUCGGCAAUACUUACUUCUCCAUUCCUUACACUGUGUUGUCUCCAAUGUUAAGCUGUCAGAGAUGUGUUUAUGCUCCAUACCUGACACUUUAAAUCAAAUAAAAAUUCAGCAAAUUAUGCAUAAUUAAUUACAACAUAUGCAAGUGCAUUAAACAUUUUGUGGAUUUCGGGGCAGCUAUUAACUCAUUCACCCCUGAAAUUUCAUAAUGAACUAUUCCAACCAUUGAAUCGGAAGAGUUCAAAUGUGUCUUCAGGGGUGAAUGAGUUAAGAGUACAUUUUAUAAUAUGUAGGCGUGAAUUAUCAGCUUGCUGGAUUAAGUAAGGUCAAACUUGAGAUUUCAUAAAAUCAGGCCCUACUUGUAUAAAACAUAGCAACUUUUGGGACUUCCCCCGGUCUAAGAUUUCUCGUUGGCAGUACAUUGCUUGAGAUUUCCUCAAGUCUAAGAGCUCCCAUAGACAUGCAAUGCUUGAGAUUUUCCUCCACUUUGAGAUGUUGUAUACGAGUGGCCCCAGUUGUGCUUUUGUUAUUGCACUGCAUAGUUUAUUGGAUAACUUUUGUACUUCCCGCAACAGAGUUUGGUGAGGGUGGAGGGUAUAUUGGACUCACCCUGUCUGGCAGUCUGACAUCCUCGAUACUCCAGGGGUUACGUUCACUUUCGCUCUCUGCACCCCUGGAAUAUGUCAUAGCAAAAUUGAAUG